ACUACAAGACUGGCACUCCUGUCAAUUUUUAAGCAUACCCCUUUCAAGCCACCAAGAACCUUUAAAAAAACAUUUUUAGGUAUCCAAAAGGCCAUGUCUGAAUAUACAAUUCGCAGAGUUGGUACUCCAAACACCUUGGACCAUAGAAUUUAUAUUGAAAGAGCUGGGACGGUCAUUUCGCCAUUCCAUGACAUCCCUUUAUUCGCAAACGAGAAUAAAACUGUCUUGAAUUUCAUUGUGGAAAUUCCCAGAUGGACUAAUGCUAAAAUGGAAAUUUCCAAGGAAGAACCAUUGAAUCCAAUAAAGCAAGAUGUGAAGAAAGGUAAACUUCGAUACGUUCGUAAUUGCUUCCCACAUCACGGAUACAUUUGGAAUUAUGGUGCCUUCCCCCAGACGUGGGAGGAUCCUACCCAAACCCAUGCCGAAACUAAAGCAAAAGGUGAUAACGACCCACUCGACGUUUGUGAAAUUGGCGAGCAGGUUGGGUAUACUGGUCAAGUCAAACAGGUUAAGGUUCUCGGUAUCAUGGCUCUUAUAGAUGAAGGAGAAACUGACUGGAAAAUUAUUGUUGUCGACGUCAACGAUCCGUUAGCAAAUAAACUGAAUGAUAUUGAAGAUGUCGAGAGACACUUGCCCGGACUUAUCCGUGCUACCAACGAAUGGUUUCGUAUUUAUAAAAUUCCUGAUUCAAAACCGGAGAACCAAUUUGCAUUUAGCGGGGAGGCAAAGAAUAAGAAAUAUGCCACAGAAAUUAUUCACGAGACUCAUGAAUCCUGGCGUCGUUUAAUUGCUGGACAAGUUCCAAACAAGACCGACAAAUAUAACGUUGCCAUGUGA